GUGAUCAUGGCCUUGCUGGGGAAACGCUGCGAUGUCCCCGCCAACGGCUGCGGGCCUGACCGCUGGAACUCCGCCUUCACCCGCAAAGAUGAGAUCAUCACCAGCCUUGUGUCUGCCUUAGAUUCCAUGUGCUCAGCACUCUCCAAGCUGAACGCAGAAGUGGCCUGUGUCGCUGUGCAUGAUGAGAGCGCCUUUGUGGUGGGCACCGAGAAGGGGAGAAUGUUCCUGAAUGCACGGAAGGAGCUGCAGUCAGAUUUCCUCAGGUUCUGCCGAGGGCCCCCAUGGAAGGAGCCAGAGGCAGAGCACCACAAGAAGGUGCUGCGAGGCGAGGCUGGCGGCCGGAACAUCCCGAGGUCUACCCUGGAGCAUGGCUCGGACGUGUACCUUCUGCGGAAGAUGGUAGAGGAGGUGUUUGAUGUUCUUUAUAGCGAGGCCCUGGGAAGGGCCAGCGUGGUGCCACUGCCCUAUGAGAGGCUGCUCAGGGAGCCAGGGCUGCUGGCCGUGCAGGGGCUGCCCGAGGGCCUGGCCUUCCGGAGGCCGGCCGAGUAUGACCCCAAAGCCCUCAUGGCUAUCCUGGAGCACAGCCACCGUAUCCGCUUCAAGCUCAAGAGGCCGCCUGAGGAUGGCGGGCGGGACUCGAAAGCCCUGGUGGAGCUGAAUGGUGUCUCGCUGAUAGCCAAGGGGUCUCGGGACUGUAGCCUGCACGGCCAGGCCUCCAAGGGGCCACCCCAGGACCUGCCCCCCACUGCCACCUCCUCCUCCAUGGCCAGCUUCCUGUACAGCACCGCAGUCCCCAACCAUGCUGUGAGAGAGCUCAAGCAGGAGAUGCCCGCCUGCCCACUUGCCCCUAGUGACCUGGGCCUUGGCCGGCCUGGGCCUGAGCCCAAGACUCCCGCUGCCCAAGACUUCUCUGACUGCUGUGGACAGAAGCCCACCGGACCUGGUGGGCCUCUCAUUCAGAACGUCCAUGCCUCUAAGCGCAUUCUCUUCUCCAUCGUCCAUGACAAGUCAGAGAAGUGGGACGCCUUCAUAAAGGAAACCGAGGACAUCAACACACUCCGGGAGUGCGUGCAGAUCCUGUUUAACAGCAGAUAUGCGGAAGCCUUGGGCCUGGACCACAUGGUCCCCGUCCCCUACAGGAAGAUUGCCUGCGACCCGGAGGCUGUGGAGAUUGUGGGCAUCCCGGACAAGAUCCCCUUCAAGCGCCCCUGCACCUAUGGGGUCCCCAAGCUGAAACGGAUCCUGGAGGAGCGGCAUAGCAUCCACUUCAUCAUUAAGAGGAUGUUUGAUGAGCGAAUUUUCACAGGGAAUAAGUUUACCAAAGACCCCACGAAACUGGAGCCAGCCAGCCCGCCAGAGGACACCUCUGCAGAGAUCUCCCGUCCUGCCAUCCUCGACCUGGCCGGGACUGUUCGGUCAGACAAGAGUGGGAUCUCUGAAGACUGUGGGCCAGGAACCUCCGGGGAGCUGGGUGGGCUGAGGCCCAUCAAAAUUGAGCCGGAGGAUCUGGAUAUCAUUCAGGUCACCGUCCCAGACCCUUCGCCAACUUCUGAGGAAAUGACAGACUCGAUGCCUGGGCAUCUGCCCUCGGAAGAUUCUGGUUAUGGGAUGGAGAUGCUGACUGACAAAGGCCCCAGCGAGGACCUGCGGCCCGAGGAGAGACCUGUGGAAGACAGCCAUGGUGAUGUGAUCCGGCCUCUGCGGAAGCAGGUGGAGCUGCUGUUCAACACACGAUACGCCAAGGCCAUUGGCAUCUCGGAGCCUGUCAAGGUGCCCUACUCCAAGUUCCUGAUGUACCCAGAGGAGCUGUUUGUGGUGGGGCUGCCUGAAGGCAUCUCCCUCCGCAGGCCCAACUGCUUCGGGAUCGCCAAGCUCCGGAAGAUCCUGGAGGCCAGCAACAGCAUCCAGUUUGUCAUCAAGAGGCCCGAGCUGCUCACCGAGGGAGUCAAAGAGCCCAUCACGGACAGCCAAGAGAGGGAUUCCGGGGACCCUUUUGUGGACGAGAGCCUGAAGAGACAGGGCUUUCAAGAAAAUUAUGACGCCAGACUCUCCCGGAUCGACAUCGCCAACACACUGAGGGAGCAAGUCCAGGAUCUGUUCAAUAAGAAAUAUGGGGAAGCCUUGGGCAUCAAGUACCCGGUACAGGUCCCCUACAAGCGGAUCAAGAGUAAUCCUGGCUCAGUGAUCAUCGAAGGGCUGCCCCCAGGAAUCCCGUUCCGAAAGCCCUGCACCUUUGGCUCGCAGAACCUGGAGAGGAUCCUCGCGGUGGCUGACAAGAUUAAGUUUACAGUCACCAGACCUUUUCAAGGACUUAUCCCAAAGCCUGAUGAAGAUGAUGCCAACAGACUCGGGGAAAAGGUGAUCCUGAGGGAGCAGGUGAAGGAACUCUUCAAUGAGAAAUACGGUGAGGCCCUGGGCCUGAACCGGCCUGUGCUGGUCCCUUACAAACUGAUCCGAGACAGCCCAGAUGCCGUCGAGGUCACAGGCCUACCUGACGACAUCCCUUUCCGGAACCCCAACACCUAUGACAUCCACCGGCUGGAGAAGAUCCUGAAGGCCCGGGAGCAUGUCCGAAUGGUCAUCAUCAACCAGCUCCAACCUUUUGCAGAAAUUUGCAAUGAUGCCAAGGUGCCAGCCAAAGACAGCAUCCCCAAGCGCAAGAGGAAGCGGGUCUCUGAAGGGAACUCAGUCUCCUCUUCCUCCUCGUCUUCCUCAUCCUCGUCCUCCAACCCGGAGUCCGUGGCAUCCACCAACCAGAUCUCACUCGUGCAAUGGCCAAUGUACAUGGUGGACUAUGCCGGCCUGAACGUGCAGCUGCCAGGACCUCUGAAUUACUAGACCUCAGUGCUGAAUCAGGACCUCACUCAGAAAGACUAAAGGAAAUGUAAUUUAUGUACAAAGUGUAUAUUCGGAUAUGUAUCAAUGCCUUUUAGUUUUUCCAAUGAUUUUUACACUAUAUUCCUGCCACCAAGGCCUUUUUAAAUAAGUAAAAAAAGAAAAAAAAAUUGC